AUGGCGAGUCUUGAACCUUAUAUCAACGUACGAUAUAAGUUAAAAACUUCGGAGAAUUUUGAAGAAUAUCUCAAGUUUAUUGGUGUCGGCAUCCUCUCCCGCAAGACAGCCUGCGCGGUCAGUCCUGUGGCUGUCCUGACUCGUGAUGGAGACGUCUACACCCUGACUAUGAUCACCACCUUCAGAACUGUAGCGUUUAGCUUCAAAUUUGAUGAAGAGUUCAUUGAGGAAAGACCUGAUGGUGUCAAGCUUAAAUCUCUAUUAACCGUCGAUGGAGAUAAAUUAAUUCAAACACAGACCGAAGAUAACGGACGAAAAUCGACCCACGUGCGAACAUUCACACCGGAAACACUGACAGUGGUCACGACAGCAGAAGGUUGGGAAGGCAAAUGUGUACGAAUCUACGAAGUCGUUAAAAAUUAG